CUAAGCAGGGAGCAGCACACGGAGAUAAGGGGGGAAGCAAGUACUCUGCAGCCUGUGCCUCUCCCAUCCCUGUGCAUCAUGAGUUCAACAAGUACAGAAUGUAAUGCAACCCAGCACAGCAACAGCAAGAGGGGCAGCCGCAACACCUCCGCAAGACCUCCUCAUACUCUGGACAAGAUGAUGGUGGGAACUGCUUCUGAACCCUGUAUCCCCUCCUCCGCCGCCUCCGCCUCCCUGCCACACAGCCUUAAUGAUAGAAGUAUGGAUGUGGAAGUAGUUGACCUCACUUGCGAAACUUCAGAACCUCUAGUUGUUGAUCUUACGCAAGACGAUUCUCUUGUGCUUGUUGGAGAGAGUGGGCAGCAGCCCGAUAGAGAGUUCAGACCUCAACCAUUGUCUGACAGCCUCGUAUUUAGUGGUGGUGGUGGUGAUGAUAGCAGACACACACAGAGUGGUGCUCUUGCCACUAGAAAGCUCCCCAGAGAAGUGGGAAGGAGGGAAUUUGCAAGAUCCUCAGGCACUUUGAGUUGUGGAAUUUGCAUAGACAGCUUUGCAGAGAUUGUGCAAAGCGGACGGCUUAUAGUGUCAACAACAUGUGGCCACAUCUUCUGUAGUCAGUGCCUCAGCAAUUUUCUUAGGUAUGCUAACUUUUGCCCAAUUUGUAGGAGGCAUCUCACUCCAAAGGAGUAUCAUCCAAUUUAUAUGUGAAGACAUGGGUGUUCCUGAACACAGUCUAAUGUGGCCUUCAUAAACAUGAGUGAACUCCAAAGAACACACCAAGUACAGUAUAUAUGACUUCAAUAUGACAGUUAGCAAUUUCACUUUUUCCCAGUUGGCCUCCUUAUAGUCCAGUUGUACUGUUUCAGCUUCGUUUUGCUUUAAGGUUUUUGCAGCUCACAUUUUUUGAGGUUUGUAGACGUUUGAAGAACAGCUUGGGGGAUAUGUCUG